CACACAGUUCCAACAACAUACUAAAAUACUGCUGUCAUGUUCUGGCACUUGAAAUUCCUCUCAACUCUUCUUUGUUUGCUGUUACCUCUUCAGAAUGCAAGAAUGACACCGGUUUGUGAAAAAGGUGAGUUUCUCAACUACUCUAAAAAUAAAUGCGAGCCCUGUCCAGACAAUCAAUACCAAUCAAAAAGGGGAACAGAUAAUUCCUGUGAUAACUGCAGCACAUGUAAAAAAGGUAGUAAGAAAGUCUCAGAAUGCACAAAAACCAGCGACACUCACUGCAGGUGUAAGACAGGUUUUAAGCCUAAGGAUGUGCUAAAUAGAGAGAUUUGCUUUUGUGAUAAGGGUUUUGGACUGGAUGAGACAGGAAACCGAUGCAUGAAAUGUAGCGAUGGCUUUUUCACCAACAAGGUUGACUCGAUCUGUCAAAAAUUUAAAAUAUGUAAAAGUGUUAUUAAGAUCCCAGGCAACAGCACCUCUGAUGCUGUCUGUGAAGAGCUGACUGAAGUUCCAAAAGUCAUAUCCACAUCCACAUCCAUCAUAAGUUCUACUACCUCUACAAGCACUACAACCUCCUCUCCCCAAAAUAGAGACAGCUUCUACAUCUUGUGGCCGGUUCUGCUAUAUGCUGGUAUUAUUCUGCUGAUUGGACUAUUGUCCUGCAAAGUCACCCAGUGCAUUCAUAACCACAAGAAAGAGGCUUCUCGUCAAGAAAGUAUAUGCAGGAAGCCUGUUGAAGAAUCUGGGGAGAAGUGCCUCUCCUUGCUUGUCUAACACAGUCUUUAACGUCUUUAAUGUUUAUUUUUUGUGGAAUAUUUUGGGUAGCAUUUUACAUCAAUAUUCCCUUUGUUAAGGGUUUACAAAUGGGUAAAUUAAUGACUUAGAACUCAUUUACAAAUCCAUUAUAAGCCAUUGAUAUGCGUUUAUAACAACCUGCAUAAAAAUGACUUUCAUGCAAUACCUGCCAAAUAGUGAGCCAUUUAAUCUCACAUGUUAUAACUGCAUAGUUGUAUUAGUAGUAAUAUUAGUUGUUAUAUAACUGAAAUUCCUUCUAACUUAAACAUACAGUAGCAAAUUCUGCUUAUUUUAAUUGUAUUGUCAACUUAAAUAAGUAUUUUGGAUUUCAAAUUAUUAUUAUUAUUAUGAUUAUUGUUGUUUAUAUUUUCUACGAGUAUCAGUGAAUGUGGCGCUGAUAGCGUGUUUCAGUUAAAUGUUGUCAAUAAGAAAAUGUAGCUUACAUUAGUGUUUGAUUAAUAUCCAUUUGAAUUCAGAUGACUUUGAUUUCAAUUCACAUAAAAUUAACAUAGUAAUCUGCUGAUUAGUAAAUCUGAACUGUAAACUACACAUUUCCCUAGUUGGCACAGCAGUUGAGAGCUGUAGGUAGACCAAUGGAUACUGUGACCUCAUUUCCACAGUGCCACAGUUGUUUACUAGAGACAUGUCCUCCGGUGACUCAUGUGUUCCUGAGAGAAAUAUGACAAAUUAUAAUAGUUUCCCAUAUUUAGGUGGGCAAAGGACAACUUGUUUUCUUCUUAUUUUUUUUUUUAUUGCCUCAUUAUGAGGUUUUAAUUUUGUUUCUGUGAAAUGAAAAUAAAUUCAUUUGUUUGUUCACUUUUCUUUUUUGUUGUUGAUUGUUGUCAUUCUGUUCAAUGUGUCGA